GGGAGGGCUGCCCUCGGCCCUUUCCGUGGCUUCUCUGCGUUUGGGUUAUUAUUAUUUUUGUAACAAUCCCAAAUCAAAUCUGUCUCCAGGCUGGAGGGGCAGGGGCCCUGGGGUGAGGAAGGAAAAAAACUGUAGUGUUACGGGGAGAGUGAAGGUGGAUGGGUUAGGAAAGGUAAAGGAACAGGCUCGUUUGGUGGGGGGGGGGGGAGGGGCUUUUGCCAGCCCUCCACCCUCUAUAAGGGUGCAGCUGCCCCAGACUUCCCCGGGAGCCGGAGGGUUGUGAGCAGGAGCCAGAGGUGGCAUUUCUUUUGAUAGUCACAAACGGUGAGCUAUGAACACGGAGGUACGGGCCACCCAACACUCUGCUUCACCAUCAGGGGAAGGUGAAUGGAGAUGUGACCUGUAGCCAUGCAGGCACCCAGAGCUUGGGCACGGAGAGGAUCCAGGCCCCUGCAAGAAGGGGUAGUGGAAGGAUGGCAGAGACUGACCUGCUGGCCCCUCACCCCACAAUGGAUGGGUGACAGGCGCUCUUCCCAGGAACUGCCCUUGGGGGAGAGCAGAGCGUGGCUGCAGUUCCUUCUACAUCAGCUGUGGAGAGGUGCUGCUCUGGGGCCCGGACUGCAUAUGCUUCCCUGCCAAGGGCCCCUCACUCUUUCCCAGGCCCUGGAUUGUUGCACGGCAACCACUCUUCUCAUGGCAUUGCUCGGCAACUCCUCCUCCCCAUCUGUGCCACCCUGCACCCCCUAAGCCAGCCCUUAGCUCUUCCUCCCUCAGAAGCCAGGCAGAUAUAACAACAAAGAAUACUAAAAGGAGCUUCACUGCACUGAGCUGUUUCCGGCCCAAACUAAGGAAAUAAUGUGAACUCUAUGAGUGUCUGAAAGUGUGUGUGUGCGUGUGUGUGUGUGUGUUUGCGACAGAGACUGAGGAGGAGGGACAAGAGUCUGGGUCCUGGGCAGGUGGCUGGGGCUGUGGGGACAGAUGAAAGAGGGCUUCAGGCGUGGAGAAUUCCUAGUCAGGUACCUCACCUGGGAUGUUGCUCUAACCUGGUAUAUUCCAUGCUACUCCCACUGCCCAUUUGUCUUGGAGAAAGGAGUCCCAGGAUGUGUUUCUGGUCAAUUUUCCAUCCCACCUCUCCCCCAAACACAGAGCACUCAACCCCUCCCUCAUUUUCCCAUCUCCGAACCAUGGAGUCAGUGCCACAGCCUCUUCUAUGCACCCCCAGGCCUCUCCCUGGCACUGACCCUGAAAUUUCCCAUACUCUCUACCCAGUGAGUUGAGGGCUGGGAGUGAAACCCCCUGUCUCCUUCCCAUCCCCACCCCUGCUUUUGAUUUUCUGUCUUCCCUUCCUGGCCUGGAGCUGGUUGCCGUGGAGAUGAGGUUGCUCCCCCUCCCUGUCCCAGCCGGCCUGCCCCCCUCAGACCCAGGAUGCCCCUUGGCAUUGCUCUCACCAUCCUCCAGCGUGUCCUCCUUGCUCUGACAAAUGGGCGUGCAAAACAGGGGCAGCUGCACUCCAGCAGAUCUGCCCACCCCCUCAGUUCAGGUAAUACCGCUGUGAAUCUUCCAGCCACUGGUUAGGGCCCUGGGCGCCAUAGGCAGCCCCUUACCCGAGCCAGGGCCCCCUCCUCUAACAGCAGCAAGGGAGCCUGGGACCCAGGCCUGUUGAGCUCCCUGUCUCCCAGCACCUGCUUUUGGGAAAACAACUUUUCCUCUUCAAGCUGAACCACUCUGUCCAUAUUACACAGAAGCCAUAUUUGUACGGGGGGCGGGGGAGCGAGGGGCCUUUGUGCUGUGUGUGUCUGUCUGUGGGUGGGUGGGGGGAAGGGAGCAGGGAGGGGAUCGUGUAUCUUUAUAAUCUUUCUAACUCUCCUGUGCUAAUCUCAGAGGGGCCACCCUCAAUAUAUCUGGAUUAUCCGUGUCGUUUGGCUGCCUCCUUUUUGCUGCUCUCACGACUGCUGUUCCCCUGGUGUGCCCUGCACCUGAUACCUCAAGGGGCGACGUGUCCUUCGCCAUGCCACCCACCCAAGGGUAUCUCUGUGUGGGAAAAAUAUAACUCUUGUGGGAGAGAAUAUCUAGUCUCCCUACCCCGCCUACCUUUCACUAGGCCCUUGCUUCCCAGAGAGUGACUGGGCAUGGGGCACCUGACUGCCUCCACCCCCCCCCCAGUCCUCUGCCAGGCAAGGUUGAAGAAGGUUGAGACGGAAGUGGGAACCACUCCUGGAAAACUUCACCAGAUUCUCCGCAACCUCACUCUCUAAUCUCCCUCAGGUUGAACCUAAAACUUGAGCUAAUGUCCUGGGAGAAAAGGGAAACACAUCUCUCAGGUAAUUUUUGCACCUGGAUCUGUGGUUCUUUGCUCUCAGGCUCACUUGUCACUCCCUACCCUAGCUCCAGGCAUGGGACUGAAACUCUUUGGCAGAAUCGGGAUUAAAACAUUCCAUGCUUUCUUGGACAAAUGAACAACACACACACACACACACACACAAACACACACACAUACACAUACAUUCUUAUACCCAAACUGAUACACACAGAGAGCUUACACCCACCCAUAUACAUCUCAGGUUGUCAGCAUCAUAUGGAUCCAACCACAAGUGCCCACUGAUACCGUCCCAAAACACAUAGUUGUUGAAUCAUCUGCCUUUCCUUGUAUCAACUUCAAGGGCAUGGAGGAGCAGUGAGAGUCAUCAGCUGCCCUUUCACUCCAACUUCCCAGCACCUCUCUUACCCCUGUCUCAUUCUUCACCCCUGACCUCCUCUUCCUUCCUUGUGCUUGAAAAAUCCCUUCCUGCUGGAAAGCCCCGUGGCUUUUCAGCAUCCCCUUCCAGCUCUUUCUACCCUCUCCACCUUUGGGAACAUACCCACUUUCUAGUCCCCACCUUUUUCCUUUCCUGAGUGCAGGUUUCAACCAGUAGAUUCCAACCUGAAAACAGGAAACUCGGGGCCAGUGCCCCAUGUAGGAAUGAGGCUUAGGCAGGCAAGGCUGUGGGUGUGGAGUUAAGGCUUCCUGAAUGCUCCCCCCCACCACCCACCUCUUGGCCCUGCCCAGAACCUGAUGGUCCUCAUUAGUCCUUGGCACUUAUCUUGGAAACACAGCCACGGACAGUGCAGUCCCAGCCCUUCUCUCUGCCUGCCCUGAGCCUAGCAGUGCCAUGGGGAACUGUCUGCACCCGGUUACCUCCUCCGUCGAUGAUAACUCAAGUAAGUUUUCCUUUGAAAACUAUGAGUGGAAUAUGACUUAUGACUCAUUGGACUACAACGACCCCAGCCUGCAAGCAGCUGCUCCCUGCCACUCCUGUAACCUGCUCGACGACUCCUCACUGCCCUUCUUCAUCAUGGCCAGCAUCCUGGGGAUCCUAGCUAGUGGGACUGCCCUCCUUGCAUUUCUCAGACCCCUUUUCCACUGGGAGCUCUGCCGUGGUCGGCCUAUCUUGGUACAGUUGGCUGUGGGCAGUGCCCUCUUCAGUGUAGUGGUGCCCAUUCUGGCACCAGGGAUCAGCAGCUCCCACAGCACUGCCUUGUGCCGCCUGGGCCACUCAGUCUGGUAUGGAUCAGCCUUUGCCCAGGCUCUGCUGAUAGGAUGCCGGGCCUGCCUGGGCCCCAAGCUGGAUGCAAGCCAGGUCUCAAGCCACACCCUGGUGCUCACUGUGGGACUUUGGGGCACGGCUGCCCUGUUGGCACUGCCAAUCACUUUGGCCAGCGACACUUCCCAAGGACUCUGCACCCUGGCAUACAGCAGGGGGCUGGGGACUUUGCAGUGCAUACAUUCUGCAGUCUGUUUUGCCAUCUUCUUCUUGUUACCACUGGGUUUGGUAGGAGCCAAGGGGCUGAAAAAGGUAUUCGGCAGGGGGCCAGGCCCCUGGGUUGAUAUUCUGUGGGUAUGGUUCAGUUUUUGGUGGCCUCAUGGGGUGAUUCUGGGAUUUGACACCCUGGUGAGGUCCGGGACCUUGCCCUUGCAAACAUGUUUAGCCCAGCAGAUCCUGGACUUGCUGCUGCAACUGGCAGAAGCCCUGGCCACCUUGCACUGUGUGGCUACACCCCUGCUCCUGGCCUUUUUCUGCCACAGGACUGUCCACACUUCCUUUCUCUCCCUGCCCCUCCAUGGAAGACAGUCUUCUCAUGUGGGCACCCUUGGAAGCAAAUCCUAGCUCUCACUCCUCCUGUCAACCUGAAUUAAAGUGUAUGUUGCUUUUA